AUGAAAUCUUAUUUUACAUGUUACACAGAAGAGCAGCAAGUACAGUCUCUACUUGAGAAUCGAUUUUCUGAUCAGGAAUUUGAGGAAACAUAUGUACCGCAAUAUUUCAACUGCUUACUGACUGUUCACUUGAGUAUCGACACCGAAUCAGGUAUCCAAAAGGACUACUCAAGCGUGAAGAGUAGCGCCUCAACGCAAAAACCUCCAAAGUACCGCCUUGCGUGUGACAGCUGUCAGCACUCCAAGAUCCGAUGUGACCAGAAACGGCCGAAAUGUCGCAGAUGUGCGAAGAAAGGCAUAGAUUGUGUCUACAGUCCAGCAAGGCGUGCAGGACGACCACGCACUCGCAACAACAGCAAAAACUCUCAGAGCGCUGAGAAUAGUGCACCCGCGAGCUCGAAGGAGGAUUCGGUACCUGCGACAGGGUCUGGCAUCACCGAUUCAGCAUCAUUGUGGAUGUGGACUCCGCACAGCAUGAUGGCCGACACGUCCGCCGUCCCCAUAAUGAUGCCGACUAUUCAAGGGUCAAGCUCCGACAGCAUGGAUUUCUCUCCAAGUCAACUGUCAGAUGAUACUUUUCGACACAGCCUAUCGGACCUCACCAGUUCACAUAGCGAUACCUCAAAGGAAAUGGGCAAUUGCUAUUCUUCGAUGUCGCCCGAGUUCCACAUUGCUCCAGAGCCUCUCGGUAUAGACUUCUGUGAGACAACAUGGGGGCAUCAGCAGCAACAACAACAACAACAACUCCACACCUCUACAGCCAUACUUCUUGACGAAGGGGUUUCGUACUGUGAAUUGCUUACUCCUAACAACCACCACCAACAACAUCAUCUGGAUCAGCAACAUGAAGAACCACCAGUCCCAACCACAAGUGGCAGUAACACUGAAAGUUGCAGCUACAACAUUUCUCCACAACAACAACAAACACAACCACAGUUUCCCAAUUCCUUAGAUAAUGGUACUCCGUCGAAAAUAUCAUGCAACUGCGCAUCUGCUCUCCUUGAUCACCUAUCAGCGUCUUCGAAAGCAUCACCUACUUCAUGUUUUGCUUCGACCCCGACUGCCCUCUCGAUAUCCCAAACAUUCAUCACCAGCUGCCGCAACAUGAUGAAGUGCCCCAACGCAUGCUACAUGCAGCCUUCAAUUACACUCGUCAUCUGCGAGGCCAUUAACAGGGCACUUGUUGCUCUCAAACUGGGCGGCAUCUCACUGUGGACGUCGAUGCUGGAACCCAUGCCCAACUACGAAAAUGGGACUUCGUCAUCACCCUCAUCAUCUUCAUCAUGCAGCAUAAGCGAUACUAGUAGUGACAAUGCCACCAUGCUCCCAUCAGUAGAUGAUGAGCAUGAGCCGCUGCGCUGCGGAACGUUACCGAUUCGGGGUGCCGACAGGCGAGUCAUGGUGCGGGUACUGCUAGUGAAGCGAAUGCUCGAGAUGCAGGGUGUGCUCGAGCGACUGCGGGACAUGCUGGUGUCAGAGCUACUAGUCAUCAAGGACUCGACAGUGAAGAAAAAGCUUCUAGCUCUGUGUGCAGAUAUAGUAGACCAGUCUGCGAAGAAAGUGGCGGAGAAAGUGAAGACUGUAAAGCUGCAAAUGUAG